GAAUGACCACUGACGCCCGCUAUGUUAUCUGCAGCCAGGCAAAGGUUCACGUGGGCAGUACCUCCCAUCAAACCAGGAGUCACUCCGCCUCAGUGAAACUCGGUAGGAACUCCAACAGGUGUCUGUGAAGUGUCUGUGAAGAUGUCUGCCUGUCAGGAAACUACUGAACACUCCGGGCUGCUCAAGUUCUCCUCCGCCGUGUUUUACGCCGGCAGCUCGUUUCUUAUAACGGUGGUGAAUAAAACCGUACUGACCAGCUACAGGUUUCCUUCCUACAUGUGUCUGGGAAUAGGCCAGAUGAUCACCACUCUUGUCGUCCUUUAUGCUGCCAAAAUGAGCAAAACUGUCAAGUUUCAAGACUUUGACAGAAGUAUUCUUUUUAAAAUUUUCCCUCUUCCUUUGCUGUAUGUUGGGAACCAUAUAACAGGACUGGCGAGCACCAAAAAACUCAGUUUACCCAUGUUUACAGUAUUACGGAAAUUCACCAUAUUGAUGACAAUGAUCUUGGAAGUAUAUAUACUAAGAAAAACAUUUCCAAGACGCCUUGUGUAUAGUGUCGUAGCCAUAGUCCUGGGUGCCAUGGUUGCUGCAAGCUCUGACCUGGCCUUCGAUGUGGAGAGCUAUACUUUCAUCCUGCUCAACGAUGCUUUCACGGCUGCCAGCAGCGUGUACACCAAGAAGAAACUUGGCACUGAGGGCCUCGGGAAGUAUGGUGUCUUAUUUUACAAUGCACUAAUCAUUGUCAUCCCCACUCUCUUGGCAAGUGCAUUGACUGGAGAUUUACACGAGGCAGUCACCUUUAAAGACUGGGUUACAGCCACUUUUAUUUUUUGCUUCCUCAUGUCCUGCUUCAUGGGGUUUGUGCUCAUGUAUUCCAUUGUCCUGUGCAGCUAUUAUAACUCUGCACUUACUACAACAGUAGUGGGGGCAAUAAAGAAUGUUGCCGUAGCCUAUAUCGGCAUCUUUGUAGGUGGAGACUACCUGUUCUCUUGGACCAACUUCCUCGGCCUCAGCAUUUGUAUGUCAGGUGGACUGGUGUACUCAUAUCUCACGUUUAACCAAAAAUCAUCUGGGACUAACGCAGAAAGUGCACAAGAGCUGAAGAUUCACAUCCCAGAGGAUUCAACAGGGAAGUACUCUGCCAACUAAAUGGACAAUAUUUUAACAUCCACCACUAGGUGGCAUUGUUCUGCUUCAUGUUGGAGCUCAAUUUUGCUUCUGAACUUUUAUUUUGAUGUUUAUUUAAACUCAAUUGAUUGUCCUGGAGACAUUACUGCUGGUAUAUGAAUGAACUGACAAGAAGAUCACAUAAAUUCUGGGUCAGGUUCAGUGAAUGUUUAUUGAAAACCAACAAUUACACAACAGUGUGGACAGCCUGUCAGAGAAAUCUUUAAAAAUGUGUAAUAAAAUGUCUACCAAGCAAGCAGGGUCAGUCUAUACAUGUCACAAUGUGAAAACUGUUGGAGGAUGUUAGCUGAGGGGGAAACUGAGACUAAAAUUUCAACUUCAGAGCUCUCUGUAAAAUUGUGCACACUCAAUAUUCUAAAACAAACUCAAUGUGUAUAUAUUAAAUGCCAUAAUCUUCUCAAACCACAAAAUAGACUAAGGGUUAGAAAUGCUUCAAAAUAUACUAUAAUUGGGUAAAAAAUAAAUCAUUUGGUGUCUUGAUUAUCAACAAUUCACUUGCCUUCCAGUUUCACCGUAACUCCAUAAGGGUAAUUUGUAAAUCGAACAGAUUCAAACAUCACAGCUAGAGUGACAGGUCGCUGGUGCAGGUUUCCCCAAAACAACCGAGCAGACAGGGCAGUUAUGAGAGGCUUCAUACAGUGUUGAAGGAUGUAGUGUUGCUUUAAAGAAAAAAGAAGAAACAAAAAACAGCACUACAAAAAUCAGUUUAUCAGAAACAGGUGCCACUUUCUUUGGACACGUACGACAAACCUAAUCCUCAGUGCAUUGCAAGCUUAAUCCAAGACUCAAGGGGUGUAAGUGCUAAAUAAAAAUCAGUGUGGUGUCUAAAUGUAUGCGACAUAAUCUAAAUGUUUUCUUUGCUGGUGCCAAAAUAUUUCCCUUCACUUACAAAUGAUCUCAGGGCUAUCAAAGUUGGACAAAAUGUUAGCCAGAAAAAAAAUAAAUAUUUCAUAAUUUAACCUUUGAAAUGAGAUGACAUACAUGCACCACACACUACUAUGAUGCUAUGCCCACAUCGUAACCAGUCUGCCGCCUUUUAAUAUAAAAGGUGACUGACAUCAUCCAUUGUAAAAUAUCUCCCGUCUGGUUGGUAAACAGCUUAAGGUCUGCAGGUUUUACAUGAUUCUUGUAUUGGAGGAAAACAGCUGUUAUAAUUGGAAUAUGGCAUGUUUGUAAAGGCACUCUGGACCUUUGGAUAUUGUAUAUUACUGAAAAGAACAGUGCAGGGUUAAGGGGGAUUUAGUAGCAUCUAGUGGUGAGGAUUGCAAACUGCAACCAGCUAAAACUUGUUUGAAUUCCCUCAGGUUUUUACUCUGAGCCGAAUUAUCCACAACCAUCUGUCUCCAAAACAAACAGACAAGGUGAUUAAAACUGGUAAAAAAAAAAAAA